CUUUUGUAUAAAUUAAAUCAAAUAUUUUUAGGCCAUCACCGCCUUCAUCGUCACAAACCCUAAACCCUUUCUAAUCAAACAUCCAUGGAGGACAGCUUUAAAGUUCGAGUUGAUAGGGCUUUCGGAUCUCUGGAAUCGACAUCAUCGUCUCUGAGCUCUCUCUGGUGCCUCACCGACCAAGAGAUUGAAAGAAACGAAUGGAUUAAAGAUAAAGUCACCCCUUACAAACACAAAGAUGAAGUGAAAAAUCCCAAACCUUAUUCUUCUUUUCUCCAACCCUCCACUUCCCACCAAGACCUGGAAUCUGACAUUCAAGAGCUUGAUGACGACCAGCAGCCUCUGUCGUCCCACAGCAAUGAGGAGUGGAACAUUCGAUCUUCUCUAGGCAUGGACUGCACUCUCGACAACGAGUUAUUGGAUGUGAUGCAGGAAGAGGAAGAUGGUUUUGACAAGGUGGCUUUAGGCAAAGAAGAACGUUUUUACAUGAGAGACGUUAAUGAUUAUGAAGUUGAAAUAGAUUCUAACAACGAGCUUCCAAACGCAUUUACUGAUGUGAUGAGGGAUCCCCGUGCAAAUCGCAUGGCAGCAAAACUCCGGCUUAAAGAAGAUGAUGAAUCAGCUAAAAAGAGCAUCCAGAGGGAGGAUGAAAUUACUAGGCAGGACGUAGUGAUGGAUCAAGUAUUGCCUAGUGUUCCAGAUUAUGAACGCAAUCCUUGGAAAUACACACAUUAUACCUUUGAUUCGAUGGAUGAUGUGGAUGAAGAAUCUAAUAAGAAAGCUUAUAUGGAGUUGUUCAAUUCGCUCAAGGGGUGGAGUGGCACUGGCAGGGAUGAUGUUUCUCCAACAUCAAUUAUUUUUACUCCAAGAAAGAAGUCAAGCGAUGAUGGUUCAAUGAACAAAAAUAAGGUUGAUAUGCAGCAGCAGCAGAAGAAGAAGAAGGAAGUGGUUCGGGUUACUAGUAUUGAUGAGGAUGAGGUUUGUGUGAUGGAGGAAGAUGAGCCAAGCAAUAAAAGUAAAGGUGGGCGCAGAUAUCGAACCAAGGGGGCAGUGGUUGGUGAUGAUACAUGUGUAUCUUGAACAAGUGUUGUUUCAUGAUAUUAGCUGCAACUCUUGUCAUGUUAAAAAUCAUUCAUCUUGAUCCAGGUGCAGUUGCUUGUAUUCAUCGAAUUGUUGUUGUGUUUUUUAUAGAUGAUAACAGUUGCCAAUC